GCUACCGCACCCCCACGGCCCCACGCGGCCGCACUCGACAGGACGCCGCGGCCGCCGCGCUCGUCCCCAACCAAACCCCGCGCCGCCGAAAAACCUCCGCCGAAACAAGGGGGGAAAGGAUGGCCGACGAGGCGGCGGCGGGCGACGCGGUGUUCGCGCGGUGCCUGCUCGCGCUCUACCUCAUCAGCCCGCUCACCGUGCUGGCGCUCCGCUUCGUCUCCGCGCCGUACGGCAAGCUCUCGCGCCCGGGCUGGGGCCCCGCGCUCCCGGCCCCGCUCGCGUGGUUCCUCAUGGAGAGCCCCACCCUCUGGCUCCCGCCCCUCGUCCUCCUCCGCCCGCCUUCCCCGCCGCUGCACUACGCCCCGCUCGCCGCGCUCCCCGCCGCGCUCUACGCGCUCCACUACGCCCACCGCACGCUGGUCCACCCGCUCCGCCUCGCCCGCCUGCCCCGCGCCCCGGCCCCCGUGCCCGUCCUCGUCGCCGCCUGCGCCCUCGGCUUCAACCUCCUCAACGCCUACGUGCAGGCCCGCUCCGUCGCGUUCCACGCGGGCCGCCCGGCCUCCGCCUCCGCCCUGGCCCGCUGCGCCGCCGGGCUGGCGCUCUUCGCGUGGGGGAUGUGGACCAACAUCGCCGCGGACAGGGAGCUGCUGCGGCUCAAGGAGGCCGGGGGCGGGUACAAGAUCCCCAGGGGCGGGUGGUUCGACCUGGUCACCUGCCCCAACUACUUCGGCGAGGCCGUCGAGUGGCUCGGCUUCGCCGUGGUGGCGUGGACGCCCGCGGCGUGGGCGUUCUUCCUCUACACCUGCUCCAACCUCGGGCCCAGGGCCAGGGACCACCGCCGCUGGUACCUGCAGAAGUUCGGCAGCGAGUACCCGGCGUCGCGCAAGGCGUUCGUCCCCUACAUCUACUAGGUGCAGUACUGUGAUUCAGAGUGGAAUGGCUCAAUGGCACAAGGAAUAGUGGCCGUGGCAAGGGAAGUGUGGCCCAGCAACGGGGCCGGUGGAAGGAAGAAGAAAAGAGAUGGACCUGUAUAGACGGGUGAUGGAUCAAAAAUUGAUAAUUUGGAGGCUCCAUGACCAGCGUUGUGGUCAUACUCCAUUGUUGAUCCUGCACUUUGUUCAGUAUGUUCAAUUUUGCGACACAUUUAGAAGUAUAGGAGUAUCUGCCUUCAUCAUUGCUGACGAUUUAUAGGAAUGAUCAGGGGGGAUUGGAGUAAUGUAUACAUUGAUCUGCCAAUAACUUGAUGGGGUUGGCAGUUCCACUUGGCCCACUACUACUAAUACACAAGCUCACAAAAUCUGGUAAAUGGUGCAGUAGAUCUGUUACAGGUUGAGUAUUAAUUUGUCCAUUGACUUAAUAGGAAGUAUAUAUCAGAAGGGAACAUGUCCAAGUUGUGUUGGUCUACUGUUUUCGCCAAUGUCCAACAUUACAGUAGCUUCUUCCUCUCUUAACAGACAAGAAUCUUGCACCUGAGAUCAGAAUGUAUGUCCACUAUGUCGGUAUCGAGAUUCUCAGGCUUUCUUGGCUUUCUGAAGUAGUAUCAAGUUUUCUGUUAUCUCUACUAGCCCUGCUAUCAUCUUUAACUAGGAGUCUAGGAAUACUGAAGCAGUGAAAAUAGCAGUGGCAACCUCUAAAAAUAUUCAUGGUCAUAUGCUUUAUAGUUAUUUCCUUGGAAUCAUAUGAAGCAGUGGUACUGAAACCACAUUUAUGCAUUUUUAAUGCGUUUGGACGAAAUUAUAAAUUGGUGCAAACAAACAUUCUAGCACAUGUGUGCUCCCAUGUUGCCCACAGUACAAUAAAUUAACUACAAUACGGAAUACCUUCUAGAAAGAUUAAGUUGGAUGUGCUAUUUCUUGUUUUCUCCUUUUCCCAGCUUUCUAGGAGUAAUUUGUUGGGUAUGGUGUAAGGUACUGCUCAUUCGUUAUUGAUUCAGUUUCUUUGUCACAGCUGCCACCUGAAUUCCAUUGACCCCGCUGCAUAAGAGAAAUGAACAAUUAAUAUCAACUACCAGUAUCAAGCCGAGCUUGCAAAGGUUCACAAUACUGUAGCUCUGGAUACCUUAAAUGGUGCUGAGUAGCCUCAAAAACACAUUGGCUUUCCAAAAUCUCUAACCAAAUUCCAACGAGUAACAUGCCAAUAUUUUUUGCUGUCACAAGAGAGGAGAGGAGGUCCCUUUCUCAACACAAACACCACUAGCUCUAGCUGCUGAUUUCAGAGGGAUAGAUGUUUGCACUUGGGUUUUACUGGCACUGCUUUUCUCUGCAGUCUUUCAACAGCUACUAGAAGAAAAGCAAAAUAAAGUGGAAUGCUGAGUUGGAGUUGGUUAGAGAUGUAAGCUCAUGUUAAAAUUUACGAGAUUUAAAGUGAUUUGAAUUUAUGACAUGUAAACUCAUGUUUAACUUACGGGAUGUAAACCCACGAAUGAUGUUUGUGCCUAAGUAUUAUUUGCUUUGUGAGGAAAUGAAUAAGUAUUAUUUGCUUUGUGAGUUUGGUUUAUGAGGAAAGAAAUUACUGGAGUUUUGACA